AUGAAUGAGCUGGAAAAGUUUAAGAGGCAAAUUUCUCUGUGGGGUAUUCAUCACCAAGAAAUUUUAAUGAGCAGUUGUAUUUGCAUGCUAGGUAGUAGUUUCCUUAUUUCAGAAGUUGCUAAGGGGUUGAUAUUAAGUGGUAUUAGUAAUAUCUUAAUAGUGGACGAUGAACGAAUAUGUGCAGAAGAUUUUAAAUUUUACCUGUACUGUUCAGGUGAAAUAAUAAAUGAACAUAAAUGUAAAAUCAUAAAAAAAAAUUUGAUGAAUAUAAAUAAAGAGGCCAAAAUUAAUUAUAUUAUUGAAAAUCCUUUGCAUUAUUUUUAUAAUGUCCUAUUAAAAAAUGAUUCGUACGAUAUUAUAAUUUGUAAUUUAUCUGUAAAAGAUAAUAUAAUUGUAGAAAAAUUAUGUACGGAAAAUUAUAAGAGGGUUAUUACUUGUCAUGCGAGGGGAUUACUAGGUUAUUUAAAUAUUUGUGUAAAUAACCACGUAUACAUGAGUAUAGAUGAUAAUAAAAAAGAAGAUUUUUAUUUGUAUUAUUACUUAUCUAUUUCAUUAUAUUAUGAAUUAAAAAAACAUGCACAGAGUGUAGAAUAUACUUUUUUUCAAGUUAAUACUGCAUGGAAUAAGUUGCUUUUUUUGGUAAAAUGUUAUCACGAUUUUUGCACACAAGAAAAAGACAAGAGUAUCAAAAAAAAUGUAAUACAAUUUGUAAGAGAAAAAUUGAAACUAACAAAUGUUCAUUUUAACAAUAUAGAUAAAGUAAAAUACCUUUUUAUCGAUUUAAUUGAAAUUGUGCAUUUAAUAAAGUCCCUUUUGAAAAACAAGGAUAAAAUUAUAAAAAAUAAUCAUAUAUGUAUAUUCUUGGUUGUAUAUAAAAGUUUUAUAAAAAAAAAAAAAAAACUUCCUUAUAUAUACGACCUUAUUUUUGAGGAAAACGCUAUUAGUACAAUUUUGAUGAACAGAAAAAUUGAAGAUAAGGAAGAAAUAUAUCAGCUGAUUGAAAAAAAAAAAGAGAAGUACAAUUUUAAGAAAUUAUUUAACAUAUCUUUUUUUUCCUACUUCUUAUCGCAUUUUUGUUCCAUUGAAAAUGUGGUGAAUACAAAUGAGCUGGGUAAAAACAUCACAGGUAGCGAAUUUAUGUUUUUGGACUUUUCCUACUUGUACUCCUUCGUUUUUAAACAUAUGCAAGAUAAUGACCUGAACAUGUUCAGAAAAGGAAGCGUUAAAAACUUUCCGCUGCUUUUAUAUGGCGAGAAGGAGAAGAAAGGAAUCUCUGCUUUUGCAAAAUGUAACAUGUCCAAUCGUAGAAAGAGUGGAAUACUAUUAUGUAACAACAAAAGGGAUAUCUUAAAUUUAUAUAGAAACACCAUUUUUAAAAAUUCUGAUCAAAAGAAAGUAAAUAACAAUGUAGAUAACUCUUUUAAUGAAUAUGCGCAUGAGGAUUUUCCAUUUUUGCACAGCGCAGAUGAUGAGAAAUCACUCCAUCGUUUAUCUUCAUAUAUAGACGUAAAUAUAAAUAUUCUGCUCGAAAAAGUUCAAAUUAUUAAUAAUACAUUUCUUCAUUAUAGCAAACACAUGAACGUUCAUAAUAACUGUGCGCAGCUCGUCAUAUCGGGAUUAAUAACGCAAGAAGCCAUAAAAAUAUGCUCUCUUUAUUUAAAGCCUCACUUAAAUUACUUUUUUUUUAAAACGCGCAGUUAA